CUAACCAUCAAUCUCAAGUACAGAGAGCUGUCAUCCUUAGUGGUACCAUUGUACCAAACCACUGAUGCGUAGAGUUUCUAUGAGAUGGUUCCAUGAACACUGCAGGACAAUGCACAAUGGCAACACACAGAGAAGCUUUUUAGGACUUGUUUUAACUUUUGAAAGACCUUUGAAUCUGAAAUAAACAGCAGGGAACUGUGCAAGGUGAGUCAUGGCCUCCACAGGUCUCCAGAUUCUGGGAAUCGUCCUAACUGCAGGGGGACUGUUAUCUGCCAUAGUGUCCUGUAUACUACCUUUGUGGAAGAUAAAGGCUUUUGUUGGUGACAACAUUGUAGUGGCAGAGUCGUACACUGAAGGAUUGUGGUCAAGCUGCGUAAUACAGAGUACUGGACAGCGACAAUGCAAGGAUUUCGAUUCCAUGCUCGCUCUGAAACAAGAGCAACAGGCAGCUCGGGCGCUGACUGUAACAUCGAUAACAGUUGCCAUAUUGGCUCUCUUUGUUAGCAUCAUAGGGGCCAAGUGCACCAACUGCAUUGAAGAGAAUCUCUUCAAGGCCAAGAUAAUGCUAUUGGCAGGAACCCUGUUCUGCAUUUCAGGACUUUUGUUUUUUAUCCCUGUCUGCUGGUAUGCCAACAGUAUCAUCCGAGACUUCUAUGAUCCACAAGUACUCCCAUCGGAGAAGAGAGAACUGGGCCUUUGCCUUUUUUUGGGAUGGGGAGCAGCUGGAUUCCUUUUUAUCGGAGGAUUUCUCCUGUGUUGUUCAUGUGAGCAAGCAGAGACAGAUCAUACCGGAAGGGCUCCACUUCCUGUUGCAAGUCCACCCAGUUAUGACAAGAGAGACUAUGUAUAACCAAAUAAAUUUUCGAUCCUACAACAUAACACAGAAUCCUAACUAACUCCAGAAAACUUCAGAAGGAACAUUGUAACAUGAUUUUUAAUAUGUUUAAUGUGUGACUAUGCGCACAUAUAUGUGUGUGUUUGUGCAUGUGUGUGUGUGUGUGUGUUUGUCUUUGUCCGUGUGUGCAUGUAUGUGCCUUUAUGUAUAAGUGCCUGUACAGCCAUGCCUGUUUUACAAACAGAAUUCAAACUCUGUAUACAGUGAUUUAGAAACCAAUGUGUUUUAUUGUUAUGUUAAUGUUUUAUUUAUUUACUUGCACUAUUGCUCACUGACUGAUCCUCCUUGGCAAGGGUAUUGCGUCAAUUUUUACAAGGAAGGAUGGAUAUGUUAGUACACAUUAUUUCUUUGCUACAUUUCUAAACUAGGUAUGUUGCAAUUUAUAAUGAAAUGGAUUUGUACAGAAAGUUGCAACACAUAUUGCCUUGGUAUCAUAAAUCCCUGAAUGAAGGUAUAGGUCUAUGCAUGCAUUUAUUUUCUGUUUACAAGAUGAUCUGUGAAUUUUAUGCCAGCAUGUCUGAAAGGGAAUGGACAGGACAGUAACAGACAACAUUUUUAUUUAAAAAUGAUGGCGUGUCAGCUAAAGUGAACUCUGUUAUUAUGUAGGAAGUGUGUGGUAUAGUGACAAGGUCAGUCCAGACAAUCUAUAGCAUUUAUUUAAGCAGGUUAUUUACCCAGUAUUGUAUAACCGAGAGUCCAGACUGCCUUCUUAAUUGGUUCUGUGAGAAUAACCAUCCACAAUGCUGCCUGCAUAGGAAAAGUGACAAGGUUUAAUGACACUGACAGGUCACUCACUCACUAUUUCUCAGAUGGACAAUAUGUGGUUGCAUACAGAACAGGGAAUUCUGUGCCAGUUGUUUACAAUGUCACACCAAUAUAGAUAUUGAGAUUAAACAUUAUUGUCUUGGACCUCUAAAGUGGACACAAAGCCCCAUAUGUGUUUCAUUUUAGAAACUGAAGUUCUUUGGAGGUCAUACCACAAUUAUUUGUGCUCCUAAGUAUACAGUCUGUGGUGCUGCUUCCCAGGUAAUACAAAAAUGUGACUAUUUUUAUCUACUUACUUCCCUGGCAAAGUAUUUAACUACCUUUAAGUCCCCAGAUAAUUAGAUGUAACUGUCCCCACCCAAUGUGUUUCCUAAAGAGUAGACAUCAAAAAGUUCACUGGCAACAUAAACUCCUCUCCUUGAAAUGUCACGUUCCAGAUAUGUGGUUAUUCAUGUCUGCACAAUACGUUGUUGUUGUAAUCUUUCUCUUUUGUCACACCUUUUCUUAUUUAUCCACCCCUCUCAGACUGAACCUUCUUGCAAGGAUUAUGAACAGACAGAAAAACAUCCCUUUAAGUAAACUACUGGGAAUUAAGCCAUUCGAUUCUCAGCUAAAGCAUCUUCUGUGUGGAGACAUGCGUGAAUGGGCGUACCUUCAUUGAAGGUUGUGUG